AGUGACACUUCAAGUUCAGUAAUAGUGUUCUGUGGUUCGCACUUCGCACUCAAGAAGAGUCAAGCUCCAAGUCUUAACUCAAAUUUUUGUGUGCCGGCUUUGCACGUGAACGUGUUGGAAAAAUCUCAAUUUAUAUAAUAAAUCACUAUGUCGGACGAAUAUUUCUAUGGAGUCACACUCUCAUCAUCUCACCAGUCAGAGACAUGGGACCCCGAGGCGAAAGCGGAGUACCCAAGAAGCAACAAGCUUCUCAUCCGCACAGCUCUACUAGGACCAGACGCAAAGCCUGAUGAACUCAAUGUUGUGCAGGUUGAAACAAUGUGCUUACAAGACUCAAUUAAGAUACCAGUGACGAUCUUAAAGGUUGGAGAGACCAGACAAGCGCGGCUUGAUAUUGAGUUCCCUGAUGCACCAGUUACAUUCACACUAACUCAGGGAUCAGGACCUGUGCAUUUAAUUGGUCAACAUCUACUAGGUGCACUGGUUGAGGAGUUUGAAGAUAUGGAAGAAAUGGAAGAAGAGAUGCUAGAUGAGGAAGAGGGUGAUGACUCCCAGUUCAAGGAAGAUGAGAAUAAAAGGAAAUCCUCGGCGGGAAAACGCAAGACGAAUGAGGAUGAGGAUGACGAUGAAGGGGAGCCAAAGGGCAAGAAGUCAAAAGUGUCAAACAAUGCCAAAGGAAAGGCUCCAUCACCGAAGAAAAAUGCCAAGAAGUAAACCGCCUCCUACUGUUUAUAUUGACUUCACCACACUGUCUACUGCCAGUUACAUGCAAUAUGCUGAGUUUCUUAUCUGUUUUGCAUGGCUGGUUUGACAUUUCUCAAUUUAUAUGUCUAUAACUGGUUGUGAAGACGUUGUAUAAUUAAAUGAUACUUGACAUAACUUUUCAUAUAUGUAUAUGACAUAAUGUUUGUGUAUCCAACAUUAAUCAGUGAUUCACUUUGGCAUGUAUAUCUAUUCAUAGACUGAUGAUAAUUUACUAAAGUAUUACCGGUAUGUUAACUAGAAUCUAGUUCGUAUUUGCAGAUGCAUAAUGGGGCUAGACUGGUAGUGCACAGUGUGUGCCAAGUAGAGAAUAGAUGUAACAACAUAGUUUGGUAAUUGUUUAGGGUAUAAACACUGUAUGAGAAAUGACGAGAGUGCUUGAGUGAGUGUUGUGAUGUUGCUGGCUUCGAGAUUUUCAUUUCACAGAGUUCACAGAAGCUGGCACAUGUUCAUAUAGUGUUAGUAGUAAAUCUAAUUUAACUGUCUUUGUGGAAUGGAAGUCUAUAUUUUGAUACCAGUGACCUUGUGUGACGUUUUGUGAAACUUAAUUAUUUCAUUCCUUACUGUGGUAUAAGUGAUUUUAGUCAAAAUUCAUACAGAUGUAUUUGAUAUAAGUUAAUGUAAGCAUAAUCAGUGUAUGGACGAAGUGUAUUGGAAUUGCUAACAAUUUUCUGAAUUCAGAAAGAAAACUGAUCUAUAAUAGUUUGUUUGUACAUAUACAUUUUACUUAAGAAUGGUAAUAAAAUAAACCUUAACUGCAUAUAA